AUGGAAGCUAGUUCCACCAUUGGUAAAAAUUGGAGUCUUUGCGUAUUUGCCAGCUUCAUUGGUUGCGUUGCACUAAUCAUUUUUCUAAAUGAUGGUCAGAACAGAGUUAAACAUUCAUCACUUCGUAAUGUUGGUAUAUCGAUAUUAGUGCCCAAUCUCACAUCUAGUGAGCUCUUAGGAAGCAGGAACUUGAUCAAGAAUGAGCACACAUACUUGAUCAAGAAUGACUUGAACCCUAUGAAAGUGGAAGAAGUGCAGUGCAAUAUAUUUGAUGGAAAAUGGGUUUACGAGCCUGAGGGAGGUCCUCAAUAUACUGCAGUGAAAUGUCCGUUUCUCAGUGAACAGGUAAGUUGCCAAAGGAAUGGAAGGCCAGAUUUUGAAUAUGAGAAAUGGAGCUGGGAAGCCAAAAACUGUGACAUUCCAAGGUUUAACGGCAUAGACAUGUUGGAGAGACUUAGAGGAAAGAGGGUGAUAAUAGUAGGAGAUUCCCUCAACAGAAACCAAUGGGAAUCUCUAGCUUGCCUUCUUUAUUCUGCCAUACCUCCGUCUCGAGCUCUUGUUGAUGUUCGAAGCGGCGUCUAUAAGGUCUUCAAAGCGAAGGACUAUAAUUGCUCUGUGGAGUUUUACUGGAGCCCAUUUUUAGUGCAACUAAAGCAAGAAAAUGGGAGCAGAAUUCUAAGCCUUGACAAAAUGUCACCCUUAGCCCAGAAGUGGCGAGGAGCUGAUGUCAUGGUAUUCAACACUGGCCAUUGGUGGGUUCACAGUGGGAAGUUGAAGUCGUAA